ACUCAUACACUAUAUCAUAAACUUCGCUUUUUUCUUCCUCUGCCCGUUUCACUUUCGGGCAAACUGUUUUCGUGUGGUUUGCAGAAGAUGAUGAGUGUUCGGUUAAACACUCCCCGGCUCAAACUCAAACACACCACCGGAACCAGGCUUUUGUAAGAGAAGAAGAUGUACGUAUGGCGCUUCUCCAUCGCCCUGGUCCUCGGCUUGGUUUGGUAUUUUUCAGAAUGCGGUCGAACUGUGACACAAUACUUUUUAUGUAUCCUCUUUUGUUUUUCCACUCCACUGUUACUCGGAAACAGUGGGCGAGAAAGCAGCACGCAAACAGACGAAGACACGGAGGAAAAGACGCUCCUGGAACGAAUAGAGGAGCAUCUGUUUCCUGACUUGACUGAUGGAGAAAGCAGCAGCCAGACUGAACCUUUGGAGUGUCAGUAUCCACAUGUGAAGAGGUCUCUGCAGCAAGUGUUUGAAUGUGCCUACGCUCAGCUGGUUCUGCCUUGGUACGUCGUCCCUGAACCUUGUGAAAACCAGCCUCUGCACCAGGUGCUCAGCAGGGAGUUUGACUUCGUAAUUGACCGCAUCAUUGAGAGAGCCAAAGACUUUGAUGUGUGCCAGGCCGUCGUGGGCUCAAUUCGCAUUUUGACCCAACACUUGCACAAUGCGAAGCAAAGUGACAGAGAGCUUCCAUUCAGUUCCAGAGCUGAAGAGAUGGCAGUCCUGCGAGAGUUUUCUGAUGCACUUGUACGUAACCUUUUCUCAGAGACUCUCUGGGGCCAACAAGUCAACCGCUGUGCCUUAAAUGAGAUCGUUGCCUUAAAGGGGCUGGGGCUGCUGGUGACAUGGCUGUCGGACCCUGACAACCUGAACCAGCUGGUGGUGAGCCAGCUCGACAGCGUGACCCCCAAAGGCUCUGUGGAGGAGCUGAGUGGAUCAGACCCUGAACAAGCAUCUCUGGCUUCACAGGAGGGCGAGGGCGAAGUGGAACGUGAGGGAGAGGGUAGCGAAGUGAGCUUGGAGGGAGCUGUAUUUUUAUCCAACAACAGUAUCAAGGGCAAAAAGAGAGGCAAAUUAAAAAAAGGAUGGUACAAAUUUGUGGAUAAAAUGAAGUCUAAAAAAGCCAAGAAGAAGAAGAUGAAGCAGAUGGAACAGGAGUUGGUGAGGAGGAUCAUGGUCAUACAGGGUGACAUGUCCAAUGAUGACGAUGUGAGCAGUCGAGAGGGUUCCAUCCACAGCCAGCAGGACUCUGACAGGGAGGACAGCGAUCUGGAGAACUACUUGACAAGCGUCCAAGAGGACAUGAUGGAAUUCAAGCUGUCGUAUGAGAUGUGGCGCGUCGGCCACUGGGCUGUCAGCAUCCCUCAUGCUGAGUGGGACAAUGAGGAGCUGGUGUUCACAGUUCACCUGGAGGAAAAAGGCAGCCCUGAGAACCUGCAGUGGGACAUCAGGAAAUCCUACAUGGAUGUCAUAUACUUCUGCAACAGAUGGCAGGAUUCGACCAGCUUGCCCAACAUCUUGGUCCUUGAAGAAAACGAGGUCAACGAUGAGGUUAAAGAGGAAGCUCGAGCAUCAGUGGAGCGCUUUCUGCAGGAGUUGGUCUCUGAUAAUCUGAUCGGCCACACUCAACCGGUGUUUCAGUUUCUCUGUCCUCUUGACACGUUGCUAAAUGAGGAGCAGAAUUAUGGAGGAGUGUGGGGCAUUCUCAGUGGCUUGGCCUAUUUCCUGACACCAGGUCAUGAAGAAGAAGAGAGUUGUAGCCCUCAGACAGAAGCCCCGAAAAGCCCUGUGAUACGAUCUCCAGAAUCAACAACACCACCUUCAGAAAGCCCUGGUGCCUCUACUGAAAAUGUCAGUGAGUUUACUGCUGCUUCUUUACCAACUAUUAUCAUCUCCCAGUUUGAAUCAUCUGAAGAACCACAUAAAGAAGAAGAAGAUGAAGAGGAAAAGGAGUCACAAUCUUCCAUUAACUCUUUUCAGGAUAAAACAGAGGACUCUGAUAACCCCUUAACCUCUCACUUUAAAAUGCUCUUUAGAGGACUGAGCCGGUCCAGGUCACAGGAGUCUCUGUCAAAAACCACCAGUGUCGAAGACCUGAGUAAAUCAGACUCUACCCCUCACUGCAGCCACAACGGAGGCACGCAGACAGAAAGCACAGAUGUUCCCUCACAGCAUCCACCGUGGUGGAACAAAAAAGAGAAAUUGAGCUUCAAAGUGUCGGGUGCAGCGAGCAAGACCAAAGGGAAGGACCAAGGCACUUUACCCAGAGGAGAGGAGUCCCAGUGCCAGAGGAGCCAAGCCAACUGGGAGCAACUGGAAACUACUAAAGCCAUAUUUGAUCUACUCAAAGAAAUAUCAGGGAACUCCAUCCUGAUAAACAUAUUUGAUGCCAUUUUGAAACCGGUUAUGCCUAUCUUAAAGAAGAAAGUGAACUCUUUCUUGAACAAGGUUAAUCCAACAGAGGAGCAGAUGGCUGCAUACAUCGACACUCUGAGAAACAAACAGUGGCCUGAGAGUCCACCAUCAGCUCCGUCACCUCCUCGCACAGAUGAAGACAAAAAUCAGAGCAGGGAACGAGCGCACAGCCUCAUCAGUGCCCGAUAUUCAAAUGUUCUCAUCUUAAAGAAGACUGAUAUGGACGCUGUUUUCAAUCUUUUCCAGGAUAGUGAAGAAAAUAAAACUCUGGUAUAUAUGCUCCUGUCAUUCCUACUCAGGGAAUUUCUCCCCAAUGAGCAUUUCGUAAAUGUGAGCGUUGCUGCCCUCCAGAAAGUGACCAACAUCUGAUCUGUGAAUCAUGUUUUUAAUGGUACCUUUUACAUUUAGAUUAUGUACUAAAUGUUUUAAAUGCCUUAAAAUAUUUGCCAACAUUUGUGUAUUAAAUGAAGGCAAAGCGCCUUUACUGCAGUUUUUACCUCAAACAUAUCAAUCAUGCUGUGAAUAUUCCUUCAGUUUUUACUUUGCAUAGAUUAUUUUCUUAUUUUAUCCCCAUUCAUUUAUUGAUGUGAUUAAUCCUGGUUUAUUCCAGUGUGAAAUUAAAACAUCAGCGCUGGCUUUGAAUAUAAACUCAGAGGAGCCAUGUUUGACUUUGGCCUUUUUAAGUUUAAUGAAUGAAUUUCCAAAAAUAUGUUUGUCACUUUGAGCACUUUUUAUACGGUGAGAGUGUUUCUAUUCAGGUUGAUUUGAUAAUUUGAUGAGUGUUUUAUAUGUCAAAAAUAUUGUUAACACGGUUAAUAAUCACUUAAUUAAAUAUGUCAAAACAUAGACAUACUCACUAUCAAAGCGCACUUAGUCAUGUUGUGUAAUGUCAAAUGAUUUGAAUUUGUUCCAAAUAAAUUAUUUUAAUAGAAUAUUUUUUGGCUUCUUGCAUUUAGAGUGAGUCAGUGAAAUAUGUUUGCACUUGAUAUUAGAUGUAAAUGAGUUGCUGAUGCCAGCAGCUUAUUUAUUCUGAGCAAUGUUUUACUAAACGUUAUACAAGUACAUCCUCCAAAGGAAAUUCUGUUGACGUGUGGGAUGCAUUCAAAUUAUUACUUUAAUCAUAGCAUUAAACUCAGAUGUCUUUAAUGAUAAACAUUCAGUUGAUGUUUUUCUGCUGCACCUCAGAGUUGUCCUGAAAUCUGAAAAUGUUAAACUUAAAUUUUGUCAGAGAAAAAGUACAAAAUUUAAAACUUCUGCUACUAAUUUGAAGUUUUGUUUUGUUUUGUUUUUUCCCCCGCCAUAAGCCCUCAUGAAAAAUGCCUUCUCUGAUGUUCUUGGUGUUUCAUUAUGGAAGUAUAACAGACUUAAUUAGAGGAUUAUUCUGGUCCAGGUCACAGGAGAGAGAUUAUCAUGCAGCAUAACGACAUGAAUCCAUAUUUUAUUCUCUUUGGUACCUGGAGCCAGGUAACACCGCAAUGAAUAAAACACUGAUUUCUGGAGUGAAAAUGGUGAAUCCUACUUGAUCCUAUUAGCAACUGAAGACGACAACUUGUUAACAUAAUUUGAAAAAGACAAGAUAAAAAAUGUGUUCAUGAAGGUGAGCAGUGAUGUUGCACUCUCUUAAACCUGCUGUGGUUCAGUCUUUUCAGGCUGACAUUGGUUGUCUAAUACCUUUGAACUCUCAAGCAUUUGUUUUAAACUUUGGAGGACGUGCCAGAUUUUCCAAAUGUACCACAUAUAUUACAUCAAAAUGAUCCACUUGAAAUUGAAGUUAUCAUUUGGUGCAGCCAUUUGCAACACUGGGAAUUUAAGAUGUUAAAUAUUUAACUCAGUCGAGUGGGUUGGUACAGAUAUUUAAAGUGAUGCUCAGGGAAAUGGAAAUUGGAAACUAAAAACACGUAUAACACAUUUCCUUAUCCAAGUGCACUGAUCUGCUGAUAAAGAGCAUCCUGCAGUAAAUGGACCUGUAAGUGGUGAUAAGAUGAUUCUUUUCGUGCUACACCCCAGUAUUUCUCAGACAUGAUGGUGAACUAUGAGUCAGUCUGAGCCUCAAGGUGGUCAGGAUCAAGCCACCUGGUUAUGCCCCUGGUCUCCACAAAUACAAGGCAAAGUGCUCAAAGUAGUCUAUGCAAACACAACAUUGUGAUAACAAUAUAGAUGGUGUUGUAAUAAUGACAGAAUAUACAUUUUUGAGAAUAAUUAUAGAUAGUAAAUUAACCUGGAAAGCUCGCAUCAGACACAUGCAAGGUAAACUGUCAAAAAAUAUCUUCAUAAUAAACAAAGCACAGUAUUUUCUAGAUUAUAAUGCUCUCUACAUGUUGUUUUGGUGUCAUGUGUUGCUGUAUUUAACUUAUGGUAUUGUAAUAUGGAGUAACACCUAUAAGAGUUGACUGCAUCCCCUCUUCAAACUUCAAAAACGAGCAGUUCGGAUUAUUCUCAAGGCUGGUUAUUUCAUUUAUUCAUUAUGGGUUUUUUAUUAUUUUUUUGAAUAUUAAAAAAAGAAGGGAAAAAAGUAAAAGAAAAAAAAAAAAAAACAUUAAAAAAGGAGUGGGAUGAA